AUGGAUUCGAUUGGAUGGAUCGUCUUCUUAACGUUGGUCUCCAAUGGCUUUCGUGUGGUACAAAGCCACGCUUACUUGGCAGAUCCACCGAGCCGAAACCUUGUGCGGGCGCAGGCAGGGACGGAAGACUGCCCGCAUUGCUUGAACUCCAACGGUCCAGACAACGUCGCCAAGCUGGGCAACAAUGUUUGGCCCACGCACCUGGCUCCCGAGUCGCAUGGCCUCUGUGGUGAUCCGGUACAAGGCCAUUCCCAACCCCUCAGCCUUGAAGACGAGGAGUACCUGGUGCCAUCGGCCGUGCAAAGGACAUACACGGCCGGGAGCGUUGUAGAGUUCCGCGUGGUGGUCUCGACCCAUCACACAGGCCAUUACGAGUUCAGACUCUGCAACAGGGUCCUUGACACAACGCUCCAGUCCAGUCGCGAG